ACGAAAGUGACCCUCAAAACACUUUGCAUAGUACAGUUUUCUCGAAGUCAAUAAAACUGGCUGAUAUCGACGUAAAUGUGUUUUCGGGGACGCGGAAUAAUAACGAGUUUUCGAUGUCAAGUAACGAGUAUGUGUCAUUGCCGAUGAAAAAGAUGCCUCCUACACUAGAACAAGAUAACAAAAUGGACGACAUACCAACGGAACCGAUAGAAAACGGCGACUAUCAGGAAAAUAUGACUGGAGGCCGCAGUCCAACUGGAAGUACGCGUUCACAGAGUAGUGGAUUUCGUGAAAGUCCCUCUCUUACAGAACCAUUUCCAAAGAAGUCAGAAUGUUUAUUUCCCGUUCUUGCUAUGCAUAUAUGUCCAAAAUGUGAAGAAAUAAUGCGCUAUCCUGUUCAGAUUAAAGCUUGUGGUCAUCGAUUGUGCUAUGGUUGUUACAAGAACCUCUUAAGUGGGCCGGCGCCAAGAUGCCCAGAAGACCAAAUGGAGCUCGAGGAUAAAGUCCCGGACACUGAUACUGCGCUCAACAAUGAGAUAAUGAAUCUACAAGUCUCGUGUAGGAACAAAGAAUGGAACUGUAAAUGGGAGGGAACUAUCUUGGAGUUUCAGCGUCACUUGAAAGAUUGUGAAUUUACAGAUAUACUAUGCGUCAACGACUGCGGCGCAAAAUUCCAAAAGCGGUUUCUGCAGAAACAUCUUGACAAGGACUGUGGCAAAAAGAUUAUCAGCUGCCCGUACUGUGAUGACAGACAUCUCAGAGAGGAAAAGAAGGUUCAUCUUGAAGAUUGUCCCAAGCUUCCCCUUCCAUGCCCAAACAAAUGCGAUAAAAAACUAACGAUACCAAGGGAAGAGCUCGAGCAGCAUAUUGAAGCAGACUGUCCCAGGACUAAGUUGAUGUGUGAGUUUGAAAAACUUGGCUGUGCACAUAGAGCCAGUCGUGAAAAGAUGCAACGCCAUUACAAGAAUGAAAUCAUAACACACGUUAAACUGAUGUACGAUUUAAUGACAAAGCAAAAGGGAUUGCUCGAUGCAAACGAUCAAAGACUCAACCAAUUUGAAAACAUAAUGAAAGAACAGAAUAAAAGGAUCGGAGACCUUGAGAAAAUCGCUCACAGUCAACUUAUAUGGAGAAUUGAGGAUUACACGAGGAAGCUAAAGGAGGCUAAGGCAGGCAACAUGGACACCCUUUUCAGUCCGACAUUCACGACGAGUAAACAUGGUUACCGUCUUUGUGCGUCUGUCUGUCUGAAUGGCGAUGGGAAGGGAAAAGGAAGUCACGUCUCGGUCUUUGUCAGUGUUCUUAAAGGUGCGUUUGACGCGCUGCUCAAGUGGCCAUUUGACUACCGAGUCACGUUUACUCUCUUGGAUCAAACAGAAGACGUAAAUGAGCGAAAGCACAUCAAAUUCAGCAUCAAACCAAAUCCCUGUCCUGAGAACGAGCCAUUCCUAGGACGACCGAAAUUGGAGAAAAACGCCAGCUUUGGAGGCGCCAAGUUUGUUAAACACGACGAAAUUGAGUCAAGAAAUUACAUCAAAGAUGACACAUUGUUCUUAAAAAUUACAAUCGACUGUGAUGGUCUUAGUGAGCCGUAGACAAUAGAUUACUAGACUAGGUUAUUGAUGUACAUAUAAGAAAACCUUAUGGAUGUUUUGGUGUAUAAUGGCUAAACAUAUAACCUUAAUUUWAUUGCGUAGUACACAAAGUCUUUUGCAACUGAUAAAUCUUACAGUAUCUUGUUGACUGGUUCAAUGAUGCUGAACUACUUUGAUUGGAUUCCCUCCGCUUACAUAAACUACUGUGUAGUUAGCUAUAUGUUGUCAUUGUCAUCAAAACAUUCUAUGUGCAUCAAUGGGUUGUC